AUAAUUAGCUAUCUCCAUACAGAUGACUUUGUCAUGUUCGCCCUUGCUAUAUACCCCCUGCUGCAGCGUCACGGUCUUGUGCCACCCCUCACUACCGACAUCUACCACCGCAUAACCCGACAAGAGCCACCCCCCCCUGGCAAGACAGUGUCUCAUUGGCGCCUACCUAUUGAGCUAACUGAGUGGAUCAUGGAGUAUCUCGAACCGGCGGAUCGGCUAGCACUGUUGUUCUCGCACCGGGGAUUAUUUUGGGGCUACCUGCCGAUGCUGAGCAAUGAGACGAAGAAGCGACUAUGGAAGUCGCGGGAG